AAAUUUAUUAUAAUGAACCACUAUAAUAAGGUAAAUCAAAAUAGUGCUCUUCCGAAUACAGUAAAUCAAUGGCUUGCUUUGAUUUUCAGACUAGUGAAUAUCUACUUUAUUUAUAAUGAAUUAGAUUUCUUUUGGCAUAAUAGGAAUGAUCUCAAAAUAAUACUUGGAGUUAUCCCAGUCCACUUGAUGUUCAUUGUUCCUAGCCUGAGAUUCCAGCUUUCUGAAAAUGCUAGAGCAGAUCCAAAGUUCAGACGUAGGAUGAUAUGGUUUGGAGCCUUCUCUAUCAUAUUUGCUCUUUUAAACUUAGUAUUAAUGCGCCUCUACAGAGAUAGCAUUAUUGAAAUAAUAGUCAUUCUUGCCUUUGCCUUCUACACUAUGUUUAAUGCAUUCUUGAAUGGAUCUUUGAUGCUAGCUAUUAUAUUCUACGAAAAGGCUCAAAAUCUGGAAUUCUUAUCUCAAGAAGCUCAAUUGGAGAGAUUACAGCCAAAACUUAUUGCUGUCCCAUACCAGUAUCAAAACUUGAAGGCUGAAAUGAUCUAAAGGCUUCCUCUUGAAGAUACAAUGAGUUAGUCCUUCAGAUGUUAAAAAUAUCUUUGUGACUCAUUAAGCCAUUUUCA